UUUAAAUUCGUCAGCAUCAUAUAUUUGGGUGGAAAUUGUCAAAACAGAUACUCCUGGUAUUUUGGCUUUAAUAGCUGGCAAUGGUGACUAUGACCCUCUAAUAGUUAAGGCUCUAAAAUACAACUGGAAGGAAUAUCUGGAUUUCUUAAGUCUUACGGGACUUUUUAUUGUUUGUAUAAUUACUAUAAAUACUUUACAUAUGUACUUAGACCUAGUUCUGAAAAAAAUUGUGCUUAAAAUAACUGAUAGUGAAACAAUUAAGCGUUGGAAAGAUGGAAAUAUACUGAAUUGCUAUGUUUCAUUAAAAUUAUUUGGGUGGUGGUAUAAAGAGGAUAAUAAUGUAUACAUGUAUUUUGAUGAUAAAGCGCACUUAACAGAUGCCAAAAAAUGGUUGAAAGAUAAAUAUCCAGAUAGUAUACAG